AUGAGAGCCAAGAGAGCCGCUGUUGGAAAGUCAGAGUACCGUAGCGCUUACCGCUGCAUCAGCAAUCAGAAGAGACAUGACAUUUGGCAGGAGAACGCCGAGUACCGUCAGGAACGGAGGAGAAGAGACCUCGGCCACGAAAGCUGGGAUUGGGAUACGAACUCAUCCGACGAAGAGUGCACGUGUGGCUGCGGCAUCAGCAACGCCUUGGUCCCGUACAAGGAUUCCACCAAAAGCAUGGGCGAUCUCCGGUUAGAAGAGGAGCAGUCGUCCGAAGACAGCAGCCCCCGGAAUUCGGCCAGCACUCGAAACCAGCCCCGGAGUCGUUUUGCUGACAAGUGUGUGUCUACCGAUGAUCUAGCGAGCUUCUUCGAUCAGUCGACUCAAACGGAUCGAACAGCUGCAAAAAGUGUCAGGGAGAAAAAACGGACGCCGAAGGUUAGAUUCACCGCUCCCGCCGACCAGCACCGGAGAAAUCCGGCGGGAACGAUUAAAUCCAGACCGAAUUCGGCCGUUUACACGUCGGAGUACCAGUCGAACUUCGCGCCGAUCCGCUUCUAG